AUGGGCGCGCAAUCCCAGAAAUCUGCCUACAAUGGUCAUUCGACCCCAAAGGAGGCUCACGUGCACUCGACGGAUGAGUCGAAGAAGCAGCUUGCGAAGCGGCGGACCUCCAUGUACCUCGGCCAGCCCGCGUCCGAAGAACCGAGCGCAUACCGGGCCUCGUUCCGUUCCACUUCCGCUUACGACUCCGGGAGCGCACCCCAGGCGAGAAUCGAAGCCGAUUUGAAGCAGACCAUGCGGCGGUUCAACGGCAAAUAG